AUGGACUUUCAUCUGAAACAAUGGAGAAGCCAGCAUGAGUCAGAAGAACAACAACAUUCUACAAAGAUGCCAAAACUUGCUCUUCAGCAUGCAGAAUCUCAUCAUCAACAACAAUCUUCUGUUACUCCUGCAGCUGCACUUCCUUUCUUUGUACCUCAACCUAAAGUUGCCACCAACUUGUCAGAUUCCACAUUAUCGCCUUCUUCCAACAGAUCAUUUCCUAGAAUGGGAAGCCAUUUUAGCUUGUCUCAGUGGCAAGAACUUGAGUUACAGGCUUUGAUAUUCAGGUACAUGUUGGUUGGUGCUUCUGUUCCUCCUGAACUUCUUCAACCUAUCAAGAAAAGUCUUCUUCAUUCAUCUCCUUAUUUUCUUCAUCACCCUCUUCAACACUAUCCACCUACAGCUUUGUUGCAAACGGGGUAUUGGGGAAGAGGAGCAAUGGAUCCAGAACCCGGCCGUUGUCGGAGAACCGACGGCAAAAAGUGGCGGUGCUCGAGGGAUGUGGUGGCAGGACAAAAGUACUGUGAAAGACACAUGCAUCGUGGUAGAAACCGUUCAAGAAAGCCUGUGGAACUUCCCACACCAACCAGUACCGGUGCUGGUAGUGCAUCUUUCAAUGCUUCUUCCACUAUUUCUUCACAGCCUCUUGUUACUUCCUCAAUGAAAUCUUCUUUCAAUCUUCUUCACCUUAAUCAACGUUCAUCUGGGACCAAUAAUGAAGAGAAAAGAUUAUUUGAAAACGAAGAUCAUGUGGGUGGGGAUGGAAGAUCAGGUGGGCAAAUGCUAAGGCAUUUCUUCGACGAUUGGCCGAGAUCACUGCAAGAGUCUGACAACGGUGGGUCAUCCUCCACAUGUCUUUCAAUAUCAAUGCCAGGAAAUAAUAACACCAACAACACCACUUCAUCUUCAGAUGUGUCAUUGAAAUUGUCUACCGGUUAUGGUGAAGAACCAUGUCCUAUAAAUGUGAAUGUGGGCCUAGAAACUGAGCAACAACAACAGCAACAACAAAUUCAAUUGAAUUGGGUUGGAGGAUGGAAUUCAGGUAAUCAAGUGAGUUCUUCAAUGGGAGGACCACUUGCGGAAGCUCUUAGAUCAUCAUCUACUUCAACUUCUUCACCUACUAGUGUUUUACAUCAAUUGCCACGUUCUUCUGCUUCUGAGACCAGCUACAUUAGUACCUAA